AAUCAAAUAGUCAAUACUGUCGUACACAACCAAUCAGCUGUUUCUCCUAGUUGUAGCAUUCGUGAAGCAUUAUUGCUUUCGUAUCUGCUUUUAUUGUUGAGUAAAAAUCAAAAUUGACGCAUCCUCUCGAUAGUAUAAGAAUUUUUAAAGAGCGUAUAUUAACAUAGUGCAAAAAUACGAUCGUUGGGCAUCAAUUUCGAUGAAAGCAUCAUCAGGAUGAAUACCUAACCUCGUUUUCUCGGCCAUCGGGCAUCUCAAGCAACCAUGUAAAUCAUCGAAAACAUUCCAAUGUAUCAUUCAAAUCGAGGUGAUCGCGCGGAAAGUACAUCCACAUUCUUUUCUGCCGAGUGUGGGAGCUUUUCAAACUUCCUUCUCCGAGUUUUCUUCGAUGAAAGUUCUCGCGAAAGGGAGUCUUUGCAACGGCACAUCUCAAGACUCAUAAUACCGAUACACGGAAUCAAAUCUUCCACGUAUUACACGCUACGAUGACCGAGAAAUUCAGGAAGAUAGUUACUAGAUUCCACCCGACUCACGGGGAGAACAUUGUGCUUCGUGAAGACAGUACAGUGGCAUAUCGUACUGCAAGCUACGCAAACUCAGUGGCUUUCAGCGAAAAACCAUUGCAGCCAGGUGAGAUAUUCCUGGUGGAGAUUGAAAAGACUGAAGGAGGAUGGAGCGGACACAUGCGACUGGGACUUACUCUUAUAGAUCCUGCUUCCAUGAGCAAUAGUCUGCCAGAAUUUACUAUACCUGAUCUUGUCAGAUUGGGGAACACAUGGAUAUUUGCUAUUACCAGGAGUCACACUAUAUGGGAUAGCUUUGAAGGCUAUGGUGAAGGAAUACCUUCAGGAGAAAAGAAACUAAUCACAGAUGGGGUCAAUGUGCAAACUUCUCGUGGAGUUAUACCAUUCAGUGCUCUUAGACCAAAUAUAAUUGAUCCUUCCCAGUACAUUUUACCUACUGAUGCUGGUAGUCGUAUUGGGAUCAUGUAUGUGCCACAGGCUGGCUCGGACAAGGCUGAGAUACACUUCAUAAUAAAUGGGGAAGAUCAAGGUGUGUGUGGGAAAGACAUACCUUACAAGGCAGGACCUUUAUACGCAGUAGUUGAUGUAUAUGGUACUACAAAACAAGUCAGAAUAGUGCAGUUAUAUGGUGCAGUAUCUACCCUACAAAGUGCCUGCCGUGAUGCUAUACUACAGUAUACCAAAAGGAAUGCAGUUGAUUCGCUUCCACUUCCACGGGUUCUAAAAGAUUAUUUACUGUAUCAGUCACAGUAAAGUCUGUAUCAUUCCAUUCUACCUAAUAUGUCUCAAAUCAUGCUCGAAUAGGAAUUUCAAUGCUAAUAUAAUAUUUUUACGGUUUAAAUUUUCUACAACUUAUCAUACAUUUAUUGCUUGAUUUGUGCUUUCAUUUACUCAUCAAUAUAUUCUCACGGAAGGAGAAUGAUAGUUCAAACGAACGCGAAAUUGUAUUAAACUUUCUACUUAGCAGUCCCUUUAUUUGUAUAAUUUACUGUAUAUGUAGUAUAACGUCAUUCGCGUGAAUGCCAAAUUUUAAAUUGUACAUAAUGUAAGAUGUUGUUGACAGAGCACCAAAUAAGUUCUGAUUACUCGAGGAACACCGGUCAUUUCUCAUUAGCGUUUAUUAGACUAACACUAACAGUAACACUAUUAUAUAUAGUACACGAUUCUACGAUUCACUUGAAUUUCACACUGUUCAUGUAAACAUCUGAUCGCAAAUUAUUCGUGUAACAUUCGUUCUUAAUCGAUACGACUUAAUUGUAUUUACCGGAAGUAAUGUAAAAUUGGGUCGCACUGUUAACAUACGCAAAAGCGGAUCGAAUUGACGUAGUCAGUUAAAUCCGAAAUGUUUUUCAGAAUAAAUGUAUUUAUAGAAAAGUU